AAAAAAUCAGACAUUUAAAUUUAAUUUAAUAAAAGUUUUAUUAAAUCAUUAUUAUUUUUAAUUUAAAAAAAUCUAAUUUUUGAUCCAAAAUUUUAGAAUUCAAAAAUUCGCUAUAAUUCAAUUUCUAAGAGCACAAUUCGCAUGAGAGAGUAUGAUAGUCACUUACUACGAAUGCGAGCACUUGUCGGCACUCAUAAAAGUUUUCAACUAUCGACACUUGACAAUUGUAAGCCAAAUGUCAUGACCAAGCAGACGUUCAACAAUAAUGGACAAUGAAAAUAGAAAUGGAUAUGAAAGAACGUGAUUAUGAUUGAUGGAGAAAGCAAUGAAAAGCGGAAAGCCAAACUUGUGGCAUUUCGCACACGACCUGCAAACAUACGUGUGCGCCAUCACAUCGAGUAAAAACGUUGUAAAUUGUGAAAGAUUUGAUAUGAAGGCAAAUGUGUUAAAAUUUAUAACGAAGGAAGGGAGUAAGGGAAGCAAACAAAUGGCUGUUACGAGUAGGCUCACAAAUGAUUGGACAAUUGCUGACAUGAUUUGAUUUCAGACUAGAUAAUUAAAUAAUUUGAGCGAAUGACAGCUUUUCUAACAAUACUUCAAAGCUGGACAAGCGCUUAAAUAAAUUAACCAAAAGUGAGAAAGAGAGACCUCGGAAGAGGUGCAUACAGCUAAAGAGUGACUUAUUUGCUGCUCAUUUCGCCUCUAAGAUCGCCUUUAUUUGGUUGUUAUGUACUUAUGUUGUUAAGAAAGAAUGUGUAAAGAGAAAUUGGAAAGAAAAGGUAGCUUUGGCAAUGAAGGUAUGAACUUAGCGAACGUACUAACAGUCGUCGCGCAUGCGUCAAGCGGCCUAGAAACACUUGUGUUGAAUUGUGAAUGCUCGAAGCGAAUAGCGUAGUGCAACGAAUGCGCAGCAGAAAAGAAAGUGCAUAAGAUAUGUGGUGGCUUUGUUAAAUACGAACAGAAAUAAAAAUCAAGUGAUUUAAUAAAUUUAUUUCGCAUAAGUUUAUUUGUGCCAACAAAGUGAGGUGAAGAUUAUACCAGCUCUGUGAUUUGAAGUGCUAUUUAUACGUGUGUGAAUAUUAGUGCGACGUUGCUGGAAGCAGCACACAACUAGAAUUAUUCACUGCAGCAGAAAACUUUUGAAACGGUUCAACGAACGAAAAGAUCGGAAGUUUAACUUCGCCAAUGCUCUUGCGAAAAUUAAUAUAGGAUAUACAAGUACUUUCCUUCUAAUUUCACCAAAAUGAGCGCAAUUGUAGGCGCAGCCACGGCGAUAGGUGGCGCAGUGACAGCGGCUACCAGCAACAGCUGGUUUAUACCGAUGUUGGUGGCAGCUAUCGCCUAUUUUCAGUACGAAGAGAUUAUGGAUCCAGAAUCUCGGGCGGAAGAUUUGCCCACUGAUGACAUAUUAGAACGGUAUGACUUUAUAGUGAUAGGGGCGGGGUCAGCGGGAGCAGUGGUGGCGAAUCGACUGACAGAGGUGGAAAAUUGGAAUGUACUGUUAUUGGAGGCUGGCGGCGAUGAGACUGAAAUAUCGGAUGUGCCACUGAUGGCGGGUUAUCUACAGUUGAGCAAAAUGGAUUGGAAAUAUAAAACCGAACCGUCAGGCAAAUUCUGUUUGGCCAUGAACAAUGGACGUUGCAACUGGCCGCGCGGUAAGGUGCUCGGCGGCUCAAGUGUGCUGAACUAUAUGUUGUAUUUACGGGGCAGUAAAAUCGACUAUGACAAUUGGGAGGCCGCUGGCAACCCAGGUUGGGGUUAUCGCGAUGCUUUGUACUAUUUCAAAAAAUCGGAGGAUAACACAAACCCGUAUUUAUCCAGUACUCCUUACCACUCCACUGGUGGCUAUCUGACAGUCGGUGAGGCGCCUUAUCACACACCGUUGGCAGCAAGCUUCGUUGAAGCAGGGGUCGAAAUGGGCUACGAUAAUCGCGAUCUGAAUGGCGAGAAACAAGCUGGGUUUAUGAUAGCGCAAGGCACAACACGCCGUGGUAGUCGCUGCAGCAGCGCAAAAGCUUUUCUGCGACCGGCGCGUUUACGCUCUAAUCUGCACAUAUCUAUGCACUCACAUGUUACACGUAUAAUGAUCGACCCAGUGACGAAAUUAGCUUUCGGCGUCGAAUUUGUAAAGAAUCAACGCAUAUAUCGCAUACGCGCAGCAAAAGAGGUCAUUCUCUCGGGCGGUUCGGUCAAUUCGCCUCAAUUAUUGAUGUUAUCCGGUAUUGGACCACGUAAAGAGUUGACUAAACAUCGCAUACCGGUUAUAAAAGAGCUCAACGUCGGCGAAAAUAUGCAAGAUCAUAUCGGCUUAGGCGGUCUCACGUUUCUGGUUAAUCAACCAGUUUCUAUUGUAGAGAGUCGCUUUCAUUCCAUGUCUACAGUGCUGCAGUACGCUGUUUUCGGACAAGGUCCACUUACUAUACUUGGUGGCGUUGAGGGUCUUGCUUUUGUGAAUACAAAAUACGCGAAUACUUCGCUCGACUGGCCCGAUAUUGAAUUUCAUUUUGUUUCCGGCUCUACAAAUUCAGACGGCGGCUCUCAGUUGCGCAAAGCGCACGGACUUACAGAUGCCUUCUAUCGUGCAGUAUUUGAGAAGAUCAACAAUCGCGAUGCCUGGAGCAUAAUACCGAUGUUGUUGCGUCCACGUAGUAUUGGCUCGAUUAAGUUGCGCAGCAAUAAUCCAUUCGAUUAUCCGUAUAUUUAUCCGAACUACUUAAGUGACGAACUCGAUACAAAGACACUAAUUGAGGGCGCCAAGAUCGCUGUAGCGCUUUCGCGCACGAGAGCUAUGCAACGUUUCGGCUCGCGCAUCUCAUCUAUUAAAUGGCCUGGCUGUCAACAUCUGCAGAUGUUCACCGAUCCCUACUGGGAGUGUAUGAUACGUCAUUACACAGUGACGAUUUAUCAUCCGGUGGGCACAUGCAAAAUGGGUCCCUAUUGGGAUUCCGAGGCGGUGGUUGAUCCGCAAUUACGUGUGUAUGGCAUACGCGGCCUGCGUGUGAUCGACGCAAGUAUUAUGCCCAAGUUGGUGAGCGCCAACACAAAUGCACCGGUGAUAAUGAUCGCGGAGAAGGGUUCAGAUAUGAUCAAGGAGUUCUGGAUAAAAAACACGAUAAUCUAGUUAUGCGACAUGCGGCGAUUGGGUUUGGGUCUACGCUGUUAGGGGGUAUAUGUUUUCUUCAGUUUUAUGUGUGGAAAAACUUUGACAUUUUGUAAUUUAUUUAUUUACUUUUUUUGUAUUUAAUCCAAAACAGUAGAUUUUCUGUGUCAUGUAAAUAAAAAUUAAGUGAAAAUACGAAUUUUUAGAUUAUACUAUAUAAAUAUUAUUUGUAAUGUGUGUAUGAUCGAAAAAAUACAUAAUUUUAUAACCACA